CUAUUUUUUACAUGUGAAAAAUAAAGUGAUUAUUUUGGACAAUUUCCCAUUUUAAAGCCGCCCUCGUCUCAACUGUGGAACGAAAAACCGCUCAACUUGAUGGGUGAUCAGUAGCUGCUUCAGACGAUCUUUCUUCACCAAAAUUGUUCCAAUUGGAAGCAGUUUAUGAGUUAGGAAAUGGAAUCAAGUAACGACCCUGAGAAUCAGCUCAUGAUUGAAGGAAAUAUCGCUCAGAAUAUGAAGAUUGAUCCGGAGAGAGCUCGGUUUCCAUGUUGCAUUGUGUGGACACCUCUUCCUGUUAUUUCUUGGCUUGUUCCUUUCAUUGGUCACAUUGGUAUUGGCAGAGAGGAUGGAGUAAUCUUAGACUUUGCUGGCCCCAAUUUUGUAUGUGUGGACAACUUCACAUUUGGAGCAGUCGCACGGUAUCUUCAAAUCAACAGAGAUAAGUGUUGCAUUUCCACUCAUAGAAGUGAAGAAGAAUUGAGGGAAGUUGAUCAUGGCAGAGAAAUUUCAACAUGGGAUGAUGCAUUGCGGAGAAGCACUCAAGAGUUCCAACACCGAUCCUACAAUCUCUUGACUUGUAAUUGUCAUUCCUUUGUGGCUAAUAAUCUGAACAGACUUGGGUUUCGCAUAGGUGGAUGGAAUGUGGUGAACCUUGCAGCUCUGAUUUUUCUCAAGGGUCGAUGGGUCAGUAAAGGAGCUGUUAUCCGGACGUUCUUACCAUUUGUUGUGGUAUUCAAUAUUGGACUCGCAGUGGGGGGUACUACGUUUCUUACCUUCUUGGCAUUCUUCACUUUCUUCCUGGUUGGUUGGUUCAUUCUUGGUACUUACGUCUUCAAAAAUUUGGUCCAGUUGUAAUGUUUCUGCAUUUUUUACACAUUGGAUUCUGUGACUUGAAUGAAGGUAAAUUGCUUUUCUUAGUUGUAUUUGUCCAAUCUUUGUUAUUGUGCCGUGCAGUUCAUAUGGCGUAUCAUAUACGUAGGAGGCAAAACAUUUAAUAUAGCUCACGACCGUGAUUACUUGCAGCCUGUUUAGGCCAUUAAUCAAUAGAGUUCGUGAACUGUUUAUUAGAUAAGUGGUAAUGAUAAAUUAAAAUAACUAAAUACUUCUACUUAUAUUGUGAUUAGGUGAACAAAAGUUUAGAAUUAAAGAAUUGUUUGUGAAGUAUUUGGGGAAAAAAAGGUAAUUUUUGUCCAAGUUUGGUGAAUAAUAUACUGUAAUCAGUAGUUCGAGUUCUGUACAAUUGCUAAUGAAAUCGUUUACUCAAAGAUUUAGCUA